AUGGCCAACAAUCUCCUUCAUCUACCUCACGAGGUCUUGCAUAGUAUCAUAGCCAAUACAGACCCGCAAGACCUCGCAGCGUUAUGCUGCUGCCGAGCUCUCAAUGACUUCAUCAAGAACAAUCACCUGCUCCACAAGGAGAUGUACCUCAAGACCUUUGAUUCAUUAUCCCAAAAGGACAACACUGUCUGGGGCCCCGAACUGCGAAAGCUGGUCAAUGUCCAGAAGAUCCUCGAGUCGAGUGACGAUGCUCUUAAGUUAUCCCAAUUGCAGACAGUAGCUGUAUCCAUCCAAGAUCUCUUGACGAACGCCCCCAUGGACCCACGUACCUCCCUCAAUCUUCCAUUCCUUACGAACCUUUUCGAGCAACGACAAAACGUUAAUACCUUCCUCUGCAGCUCAUCACUCUUUGAAUGGGCUAGAGCAGAGUUAUGGGGUGAUCUAUCUACAACUAGGCAACGGAGAGACUUGGCAGCCAUGCUCACAGAACAGAAGUUCCCUCGAUCUCUGCGUAACCAUUCCACCUUAAAUUCUCUUGAUUCGGAGACAGUUGCAGACCCGAUACCGGAACAGCCAGAGUUGGGCGACCUGUUGGCUUACGUCUCCAGAACUGGAGAUACAGGCUCUAUCCCAGUACCAGUGCCCGCAGAAGCGCAUGCCGCCAGCCCAACGAGCGCACUACAAAGACCACAAUCAUAUGAUAGGCAGCUCAGCGCAAAGCUCCAUUGCUUAUAUGGUGUCUCAAUUGGGACUGUCCGCAAGACUUGCGAGAGUUCCCCACCGCGUUACUCUCUGCGCAACGACACUGCGGAAAUACAUCCUUACGCUCGCUCCCGGGUUUACGACCUUAGGCAGCACACAGAGAACGGCACUUUCUGGGGUCCGUUUCUUGAUGAUGGCUUAGGAACUGUGGACUGGGAGAAGCUUGAAGCGAUCAUGAUCAUAUUAGACUACAACCUGAGGCGCUCAACGGAGGUCCAUCGCCAGUAUGAGGGUAUGCUGGAGCUGCAAGAGAAUCCAUGGGUUGGGGCAACACCUCAUAGCUUCAUCUCGCCUCCGCAGUCUGUGCCAAUGGAGCCUCCUUUGCCACUUGAAGCGCAAGACCCUUACAGUGUCACGGGGACCUGGAUGCGUGUUGUAUGUUUCCUGGAUUAUACCGCACUGUAUGACUUCAACUUUGGUGAUGACCAGCCCGAACGUGACCAUCUACGCGAGCCUAUCGAUACCGAGGAGGCUACUCGCUUGAUCACCAUGAAGAUUCACGUGACUAAGAUCCAAGCACCUGGUGAAGAUGAUGGCCAGCAACUUCCGGUUGUCCAUUUUCAGGGCAAGUCCUCAUCAAUCCGGCCAUCAUGGGAUCCCAACGCGAACUCCAAGAUCAAAGGUACCGUGAGAUUGACGCCUCAAGGCGAGGUCAGGUGGACAACCUUUUCUGUCUUUCAAGGCGAGGAGAGAUGGCGAAGCGAGGGCAUUCAGAUUGGAGGCGUCCGGUCAGCUCGUGGUGUCUUGGGCUUCUGGUUCGACAAAGACUUCGAUGAGCAUGGCCCGGCUGGGCCUACAGCCUUCUGGAAGUCGCAUGAUGGGAUAGAGGCGAAGAAACCGUCAAACACUCACGGAUGGAAUCAAUUUACUGUGCCUUCAUACUGGUGA